GGGGGUGAAGGAAUCCACGUAUGAGUGUCCCAGGGCCCUCCUCAAACAGAAAAGCCCUUGUGAACACUCACACUGGGGGUUCUUGUUUGACCACGUGACCGUGUAUCUAAGGAUAGCCCAAACUUUGAGACCGCCGAGUAAUGGACACGUUUUCCAGCAUGCUGCACCCGAGAAAAACGCCAAUGGAAAUACGUUAAUAAAAGACAUUCCUUCAAUGUCGUGAGAGUCUGGAAAUGACUUUGGGAGCCUUCAACUUAUAAGUUCCUUGGAAUUCCAAGUUGGAAGUUCCUUUUCAUUGAAUGGUCUCCUUUUGUUCGUGGAAAUACGAUGAUAUGGGUAUGAAGUACGGAUUAUAAAUCACAUAUUAACUUUUUUAGUGUAGUUAGUGUUUUCACUCGCGUAUAAGUGCAGUACCUAUUUUGGAGUCUUCACACAGCCUGCGCACAGGAACAAUGUGUACCAGCCGCGAUCAUUCAGGAUGCUCCAGAUGAACCACUGAAGACUCGUUCAGUCAGUGAGAUGAAUUGUAGACCCAGGUUGUGACAUGAGAUGAACCGAAAACAGUUGGCAGCAGCGACUAUUUAGCAGUCUGUGGAGGCAUUUCCUAAAUAGAAGUUAAUUUGAGAAUGAGGAACAAGUAUGCAGUCAUCAUUAUCUGCAUUGUGGCACUUGUCAUCAUUGAAAAAGAAAACAACAUUAUUUCAAGGGUCUCAGACAAGCUAACACUCCGACGAAGCCCACUGACGCCGGAGCCUCCAGUGCCCUACGAUGCUCUGGUAGUAAUGGAGGACAACGGUUCCUAUCCAGAGGGCAUUUACUCUGAGAAUGGCACUCAGGCAGGUCGAAAGCACAUCCUCUUGAUGGCCACCACUCGUACAGGAUCUUCCUUCGUGGGCGAGUUCUUCAACCAACAGGGUGGCAACAUGUUUUACCUAUUUGAGCCACUCUGGCACGUGGAGAGGAUGCUAUCGAUUGGCACGAGUGGCACAAAUGCCAGCACUUCUGUUUGGGUGUACAGGGAUGUCCUGCAGCAUCUCUUCUUGUGUAACUUCUCCAUGUUGGAGCGCUUCAUUAGCCCUCCUCCACAGGACCACGUCACCCCUGCCCUGUUCCGCAGAGAGUCCAGUAUGGCCUUGUGUGAGGAGCAAGUCUGUACUCCGGUUGUAAAAGACAUUUUUGAGAGGUACCACUGCAAGACAAGGCGUUGCGGACCACUCAAUCUGACCUUGGCGUCUGAGGCCUGCCUAGGAAAACAGCACAGGGUGAUCAAAACGGUGAGGGUCCGGCAGCUAGACACACUUCGCUCUCUAGUAGAGGACCCUCGGUUGGAUAUCAAAUUCAUACAGUUGGUGAGAGACCCUCGAGCCAUCCUGGCAUCGAGGAUGGUGGCCUUUGCCGGUAAGUACCACAACUGGAAAAGUUGGGCUGUGAAUGGGGACGUGCCUAUAGAGGAUGAGGAGGUCAAACGUCUCGAAGGAAACUGUAACAACAUCCGCAUCUCUGCCGAGUUGGGCUUGAGUCAGCCUAAAUGGCUGAAAAACCGUUAUAUGUUAGUACGUUACGAGGAUAUCGCCAGGUACCCCAUGCAGAAAGCAGCAGAAAUGUACAAUUUCACAGGGAUUCCGAUGACGACGCAAGCACGGGACUGGAUCCUGAGGAACACGCAUGCAACCACGGAGGCAAGUGGCGUGUAUUCCACCCAAAAAAACUCUUCGGAACAGGUGGAGAAAUGGCGGCGUAGUAUACCAUUCAAACUGGCCCAAGUCGUACAGAAAGUCUGUGGACCGACCAUGAAACUCUUUGGGUAUAGGUUUGUAGACAGUGAACGGAAACUAUUAAACAAAUCUUUUAGUUUGCUUGAAGAAAAACAUUUUAUUUAGUCAUAGAUUAUUUCCUUGAUGCAUUGUUAAAGGAAAACCAAGCAUGAAAUGUGACAAGGUUUUCUUUUUAUACUGGAUGUGGACUAAAAGAUAUGCAUAGCAGAGACACACUGGCACACUGUAACACACUGGGACAUUGUAGCGUCACCUGACUUAUUUGAACAUAUAACCUCUUGGAAAAGCUAACUGAGAUUAUUGAUUUUAGAUGUCUCCAUUUGAAAAACAAAGUUUGAUGAGGACAAAAAUAUAUCCAUACUCAUAAGAUGAGACAUGA